AACCCUCUCAGCCUUGCCUCCUUCAGUAGUUCAAUCUUUCCUGAGCUAUAAGAUCUUGCUUGCAUAGAGUUUAUAAUACCCACAACAUGAAGUUCCUUAAGCUACUCUUUCUUCUUGCUAUGCUCAUUUCAUUUUCAGCCAUUACUCUUUCUGCUACACCAACGGAAGAAGUUUCAUUCCCUGACUUCGAUUUCGAAGACAAGGAAAACUCUGACCAUCAUCAGACUGAGAGCCAAGAAACAACCUCAUCUCUGAGAGGGACAAACCGCGUUCUAGCCCAGACUCGGGCUUUCAUGACAUGUGACAAGAACCCUAGGGUUUGUCGAGUUCAGGGAAGCCCUGGUCCAGAUUGCUGCAAGAAGAUGUGUGUGAAUCAAAUGACAGACUGGUUUAACUGUGGGAAGUGUGGUAAGAAGUGUAGGUACACAGAGAUUUGUUGCAAAGGGAAGUGUGUGAACCCAAUGUAUAACAAGAAUCAUUGCGGAGGUUGCAACAACAAGUGCAAGAAAGGGAGUGCAUGUCAGUAUGGGAUGUGUAGUUAUGCAUAG